GUGCAGAAGGAACAUUCAAUGCUCUCCUCACACUCAUAAUAAUUGAGUCAUAUUGGACCUCACAGCGCGUGGUGCUCACGUAGUACUGCCGUACAGGAUUUUGUCCUUCACACCGAGUCCAGCUCCUCUUCAGCCCUCUGCUCUCAUCUCUCUCUCUGCUAUGGUCAUCCACACGAGCGGUUGUAACAUCAGCACCAUAGACAGCUCUCUCUCCAGCUUCAGCCUCGGUAUCGACUCCAACCUGCGGGACACCCCGGCGCCCCAAAGCCCUUCCGGCGGGCUGAGCCGCAACGGACACACGGUGGUGGCAGCAUGCCUUGGCUUCAUUCUCGUGGCGGGAAGCCUUGGCAACUUCUUUGCGCUCCUUGUGUUCGCAAAGUUUCGCUCGCUCUGGACGCCCAUCAACCUCAUCCUGUUGAACAUCAGCUUGAGCGACAUCCUUGUGUGCGUUUUCGGGACACCCUUCAGUUUCGCUGCGAGUCUGCAGGGUAGAUGGCUCAUCGGAGAGUACGGCUGCAAGUGGUACGGCUUCGCAAAUUCCCUCUUUGGAAUUGUGUCCCUGGUGUCUCUUUCUGUCCUCUCCUACGAGCGUUACACCACCGUGCUGCGCUCUUCAAGAGUCGACAUCUCUGACUUCAGGAAGGCUUGGCUCUGCGUUGGAGGCUCCUGGCUUUAUUCUCUCUUCUGGACUCUCCCGCCCCUCCUGGGUUGGAGCAACUAUGGGCCUGAGGGACCAGGAACAACAUGUUCCGUCCAGUGGCACCUCCGCUCCCCUACCAGCAUCUCUUAUGUGCUGUGUCUCUUCAUCUUCUGUCUGAUGCUGCCCCUCCUGCUCAUGAUUUACUCUUAUGGACGGAUUCUGGUGGCAAUCAGGAGGGUGGGCAAAAUCAACCUUCUGUCAGCCCAGCGCAGAGAGCAGCACAUUUUGAUAAUGGUGUUGUCCAUGGUGUCCUGCUUCAUGUUGUGCUGGAUGCCCUACGGGAUCACGGCACUGAUGGCCACCUUCGGUAGGUCUAGAUUGGUCACCCCCAUGGUGAGCGUGGUGCCCUCAAUCCUGGCCAAGUUCAGCACUGUAGUCAACCCGGUCAUCUACAUUUUCUUCAACAACCAGUUUUACAGAUGCUUUGUGGCCUUAGUGAAGUGCAGCGGGGAGCCAGUGUCUGUUCAAGCAGAAGAGCUCCAGACUCCGAGGGCUCAUGUCUUUGGUUUCUUUCCUGUUGGCAGACAAACUUCCGUCAGCUCGUCACAACCUCAGAUCAUCUGCAGCCCCAGAAGUGGUGCCCUCUGCAGCCGGCACAAUGACCACCAUACUCUUGUUGUCCACUACACUCCGUAACGGUGCUUCAUCUGUUAAACCUGACUGACUCUGAAUGACCAAACAAGGUUUUUUUUUUUCUGAAAACUGCAACUCAGAGACAAACAUUUGAGUUCUUUCCAAUUAUUUCAAAGCACUUGUUAGUGAUUUUGCAAUAAACAAAUGUUCAUUUUCUAAUACUCCUUAACAUUUGAAUGUAAACUUAGAGCCAUGAAGUCCAGCCCUUUGUUUUAUUUCUUCAUAUGCUAAUGUUUCAUUUUUUAAAAUGUUUAUGUAAAGCUGCUUUUUGAGAAUGUAUGUGCGGAUGCACAGAACACUAACUAAUUAAUUUGUUUUGUGGUUUAUAUCAUUUUUUAUACACUCACAUUCAUCAGUUGAGCCUUAAAUAAAGUCAUCAAUUUGUUUUUCAUUGAA